UUACUGUUUACUUUCCAUCAAUGUAGGCUGAGAUUUAAAAAUCAAUCGCGCUUUUGUUCUUUAAAAUGUAAACUAUUUUCGUAUUUGAUAUUCGUAGUUCUUGGCCCUGAAGUUCGACACGUUCGACAUCGAAGGGUACGAAGAUCAAGAAUGUACUUACGAUCGGCUGGCUUUCUACCACGCCUCCGUUGCCGACAGCCUUGGAAAACCGUGCAGCAAGAAAAAUCUUGAAGUUCCGUCUUUAGGAAUUUACUGCAAUCAUCAUGAACCCUCGAAGGAAGUAGUUUUCGAAACUCACGACCUCAUAGUGGAGUUUUGCACCAACUCUGCCGUAAAUGCGAAAGGGUUUUCCCUUCGCUGGGAAGCAACCGAUCGUCAAGCUACCGCAUUAAAUCAGGAACAAAGCGUGAAAACGAAAGCGGCACAGGCAACAUCUGGCAACUGUGGAUCUGCCAUAGAGCUGGGGCCUGACGAAUCGAUUGAGAUCGUCUCACCAUCCUUUUCUACCGGUGCUUAUCCGCCGGAUGCCAACUGUAAUUGGAGCGUUAAAACUUCGACGAACUACCUGCAAAUUAAAUCGCUGUUGUUCAACGUCGAGGGAUACACAGUGGACUGCUUCUACGACAAACUGACAGUUUCAUUCUGCGACAAGUACGGUGGGCAACAGGUGGUCGAUUACUGUGGCUCGCGCCCGGGCUCAGGUCCUGAACUGAUGAUCAACAAUUCGUUCAACUGCGACAUAAACAUGCAUUUCCAAUCCGACAGCAUGAUACAGCAGCAAGGUUUUAAACUGCGACUGUGGGCUUUCAUCCCUGUCACUGACCUGAAAAAUUCUUCGUUGGUCACUCGUGAUGAAUCGGUCACUCUUUACUCAUUUGGAUAUCCAAUGGCGUAUCUACACCGCAUGGACACCUACCAAACAGUUUACCAGAACGAGGGUCCAAAUACUGUAUUAGUGCUUAAGUUCCACCAUUUUGAUCUUAGAGAUAACGAAGACUUUUUAAAAGUUGGGUAUGAACCAUGGCAUCAACAGUCUGGUGAACAGAUGUGGCCUCUGCUGUAUACCGGCGUCAUUCCCAGCAAUUUCAGCGCGACAAUAUCAGCCAGGCAACUAUUGUUUCACUUCACCAGCGUUGGCGGCAUGGUCUAUGACCACAGCUAUCUUAUCGAAGUCGAACUUCAACCGCUAGUAGUAUGUCCACCUGGCGAAUUCGCCUGCAAAUCUGGCAACCAGUGCCUACCAGUGAAACAGUUUUGCAACGGUGUACCGGAGUGUCUUGAUGGUUCUGACGAAACAAACAGUUUCUGCAAGGGAUACAAUUUCAGAACAUGUGGCGUGAGUCACAUUCCAUCGAACAUAGUGCCAACAGAUCAGGACCUACUGAAGAGUCACCCUGCGAAAAGUGGCAGUUGGCCGUGGUCCGUCAACUUAUUCCUACCGUACUAUUAUCCGUUUUGUGACGGCACCUUAGUAUCCACAGGAUGGGUACUCACCUCAGCUUCAUGCUUCCAACAACGAAACAGCUUCUACGGCAAAUAUUUUGUCAGUAUUGGUGGCUACGAUGUAGAUGCCGAAGAACCGUUUGCACGUAACGUUCAAAUCGCCGCAGCUUAUAUCAAUCCAGAUUUCAAAUACGUAAAUGGAGUACCUCUUGAAGAUACGAUGCUACUGCGUCUGGCUGAAGAGGUGCCUCUAAACGAACGUAUUAAUGUUGCGUGUUUGCCGUACAUGUUCGACUACGCAGCUCCUGCUGGAAGAAAAUGCGUUGCUACCGGAUGGGGAGGGAUUGCAGGGACGAAGGCACUGCUUUGUGGUUCGUUGUGGUCAGCGUACGAACAGGUCACUGAUUUGGAGAUAAUUGGAAAAAUAUGUUCUUUCGGUCCGAUCAUGCUAAAGCCAUGCGAUUUCGCAUCGGAAAUUUGAACGGACUAUCCUAACGUGCUACAGGAAAUUGCGACAGAAGUCAUUAACAACAAAAAUUGUGCUGAACUGAUGAACAUGAACAGCGCGGAUGUCAACGGCACGAUGUGUACGAAAAGCGAAGAUUCAGUUAAAUCAUGCUACGGCAGCCCUGGAGGACCGCUGACGUGUCAAAACUACGUUGGGAAAUGGAUGCUGCAAGGGAUAACUUCUUACGUUGGGUGCUAUCUGCCCCAGGCGACACCAGUUGUGUAUAACCGCUGUGGCCCUCGCAAUCUUGCUGCCAACCCCAUGGAAACUCGUGCUUGGGGAGUCGUCUUAUUGACGUUGGUGCGAGGGUGGAAUUGUUAUGAAUGCGAAAGAUUAUAUGAAGUGAUUAAAGGCUUCCAACAAUGCCAGCUCGGAAAGAUGCUGGAAACUAUCUUGGCCAGUGAGGAAGGUUUUUUUCCUAACAUGGAGAAGGAUCUGCGCUGUGUUUUGCGGAAUUUUUUUCUUGACACUGUCUGCUGCAAUCUUUCGCUUUCGUUUUGGCUGAAAACUAUCCUUCGUGGUUAUUCUAGUCGAUAUCAAGCUAAACUGUUAUUUUUAGUGUAUGGGCCAGAGAAAGACGGUUACGUGGAGUGGGGCGCGGUGAAUGACCCUACAGUGCGAUAUUCGCCUUCUUUUCAAGCAGGAAUUAGGCGGAUGGCUAAGGCAUUGCAUGUUCUCUUGAAAUUUACGGAUCUUGGACAAAAUGCAGUUGUUUUGAUAUUUUGCGAACUGACGAUGUUUUACCUUCGAUGGCAUCCUGCAUGUCUUGCUGAAAUGAUCAUCUGGGUGAAGCAGCCACUUGCAGCCGAGUUCUUUUUCCGUAAAGCAUUUCAAGGUGAAUACCGGGAAGUGUGCGACUUGUUUAAGAGAAGCUUGAUGGCUAAUUCAAUGAAAGGAAUGAGCAACGAAUGGCUUAUACACAUGUUCCUGAAUCUUCUGCGUAACAUUCCAUCUGAUUCACAGCUGUUGAGAGAACUAGCAGGAAACGAACGAUUGUACAACUCAGCACUGAAUACAGCUUUGGAUGGAUGCGGUAUCUUUUUUAGAAAUAUUUUUUUGACGGGUUCUACCCUUUUCUACAUUCAUUCUGUUAAGUGA